AAGAAAUUUAAAUUUAUGGGGGAAAAUUGUGGGGGAAAAUAAUAUAUAUGAUUUUGCGACCCUCCUGCAGUGCCUCUACGGACCUCCUAGGGUUCGCCAACCCCUUGUUGAAGAUCUAUGUCAUAAGACAUGAACAUCGAUCAUGAAAACCAUCUGUUUACUUUUUUCCUCACAGAGGAGAUAGCGGGGACGGUUUCUCAACUGCUGCUGGGAAAUGGUGUAAACUGUGUUUGUGUUUGCUUGUGUGUAGAGAAACAAGUGGAGGAGGGAGGGGGGAUGAAGCGUAAGUGUGAUGAAGUCGGGGUACAGGAGGAGGGAGGCGGAUAAAAGGCAGGUGCUGCAGGCCCUUGGGACAUUGACAGCAGCCCAGGACCAGGAAGGAGGAUGAGGAGGACUGUGCUGCUGUUGGCCUUUCUGGCCUUUGCUUCCCUGAAUUCUCUGGCAGAUGGAGCUCAAGCAAAGGUCAUGUCUGCUCCCAACUUGUUGAGGGUUGGAACACCAGAAAACAUCUUUGUGGAGUGUCAGGGCUGUACCGGGGGAGAUAUUCCGGUCGAAAUCAGCGUAUGGAGACACCCAACCAAAAGUAAAAGACUGACUUUUACAUCAGUCACGCUCACUGGGAAUGGUGAUGAAGACUUCCAGAAGCUGGCACAAAUAACGAUCCCUCCUGGAGAGUUCAGUAAAGAUCCCAGCGUGAAGCAAUAUGUUAACCUGGAAGCUAAGUUCCCUGACCGUGUGCUGGAGAAAGUCGUCUUAGUGACUUUCCAGUCUGGGUACAUCUUCAUACAGACCGACAAGACCCUCUACACGCCAAACGCUAAAGUCCAUUACAGGAUGUUUGCUCUGGCGCCCGGGAUGGAGCCUGUAGAGGCCGCUGACGCUUCUAUUAGCGUUGAAGUUGUGACCCCUGAUGGCAUCAUUUUACCUGAAGGCACAGUUUUUCCGAAAUCUGGAAUCCACACUGAGCAAUACUUACUACCUGAAGCCUCUAGUCCUGGGCUGUGGAAGAUAGUGGCAAAGUUCACCAGCAACCCACAGCAGAGCUUUUCUGCAGAGUUUGAGGUCAAAGAAUAUGUGCUUCCCAGUUUUGAGAUAAAACUGACAACACCUGUCCCCUUCUUCUACGUGGACAGCGAAGACCUCACUGUCAGCAUCCACGCUACCUAUCUGUUCGGUGAGGAGGUGGAUGGAACAGCCUAUGUGGUAUUUGGGAUAAUUGAUGAGGGUCAGAAGAGGAGCAUGUCUAGCUCUCUUCAGAGAGUGUCGAUUGAGAAAGGUAAAGGAGAGGCCACACUGAAGAAGGAGCACAUCACACAAACCUUCAACUACACCAAUAUUCUCCCCCUUGUGGGGAGCUCCAUAUUUGUAUCUGUCAGUGUGCUGACAGAGAGCGAUAGUGAACUGGUGGAAGCAGAGUUGAGAGGUAUCCAGAUCGUCACAUCACCUUACCGCAUCGUCUUCAAAAAAACUCCCAAAUAUUUCAAACCAGGAAUGUCCUUCGAUGUUGUGGUUGAAGUUUUGAAUCCUGAUGAUACUCCAGCUAAAAAUGUUCCAGUUGUGGUCAAUCCAGGUGCAGUCCCGAGCAGUACAGCAGACAAUGGAAUGGCAAGAGUAACCAUCAAUACACAGGCAACAGAUGCAAUUCUGACAAUCACUGCAAAGACCAAUAAACCUCGUAUUGGAUCGGAUAGACAAGCAAAUGCCACCAUGGUAGCUUUCCCGCAAAGAAGCACGAGUUACAUCCACAUAGGUGUGGAUGCGGCUCAGCUAAAGUUAGGAGACCCCUUGAAAGUCAACCUCAACCGUCAAAUAAAUGAAGAUGCUGACAUCACUUACCUGAUCCUGAGCAGAGGUCAGCUGUUGAAAUAUGGACGUCACAAGGCACGAGGCCAAGUUCUGAUUUCUGUGUCAAUGACUGUGACGAAGGAAAUGCUGCCAUCUUUCCGUAUUGUAGCUUAUUACCAUUCAAGUACUAAUCAUGUGGUGUCAGACUCUGUUUGGGUGGAUGUAGAAGACUCCUGCAUGGGACAGCUGAAGCUGGAACCAAAAAGGCCUGUUCCAUCCUAUGAACCUCGCAGGACAUUUGGCCUGAAAGUGACAGGAGAUCCAGGGGCCACAGUGGGACUAGUGGCCGUUGACAAAGGCGUCUAUGUCCUCAACAACAAGCACCGCCUCACCCAGAAAAAGGUGUGGGACAUAGUAGAGAAGUAUGACACAGGAUGUACACCAGGUGGAGGGAAGGACAGUAUGGGUGUGUUCUUCGAUGCUGGGCUGGUGUUUGAGACCAGUGCUGGUUUUGGGACUCCCGACAGAAUAGAGCCGAAAUGUCCGGCCCCCAGCAGGCGGAAGCGAGCCACUACUUUAAUGGAGGUCACAACCACUUUAGCGAGCAAAUAUAAAGAUGACAAACUACAAAAAGAGUGUUGUUUGGAUGGCAUGAAGCCCACCCCAGUUUCAUACAGCUGUGAAGUGCGCUCUGAAUACAUUGUGGAUGGUCAAGCCUGCAUCGAUGCCUUCCUGGACUGCUGCAAACAGAUUACAAGCCAGCUAGCAGAGCAGAAGGAGGACUUCCUACAACUGGCGCGCAGUGAGGAAGAUGACAGCAGUUACUUGGACAGCAACAAUAUUGUUACUCGCACUAAUUUCCCGGAAAGCUGGCUGUGGAUGGAUAUCAAACUGCCUGAUUGUCCUCGACAAAACCCAGAGUGCGAUGCCACAUUCUAUGAGAGAGAUAUUCCUUUGCAAGACUCCAUCACCACCUGGCAGUUCACAGGCAUCAGUCUGUCAAGAACUCAUGGUAUCUGUGUCGGUGAUCCAUUAGAAGUAAUUGUCCGCAAGGACUUCUUUAUUGAUCUCAAGCUGCCUUAUUCUGCCGUCCAAGGAGAGCAGCUAGAAAUUAAAGCAAUCCUCCACAACCACAGCCCUGAUGUUUUCACUGUGCGUGUGGAUCUACAAGAGGAGCCACAUCUGUGCAGUGCUGCCUCUAAACGUAAAAGGUUUCGUCAGGAGGUCACAGUUGGAAAAUUUACCACUCGGUCUGUACCCUUCAUCAUCAUUCCCAUGAAGGAAGGAGAACACAAAAUUGUGGUGAAAGCAGCUGUUAAAGACUUGGAUGUCAGUGAUGGAAUCCAGAAGAUGCUGAGGGUGGUGCCUUUAGGUGUCCUGGUUAAACAUCCUCAGACUGUAACUCUAGAUCCCACCACUAAAGGCGUAGGUGGUACACAAGAAGAAAUUCUGAACAGUGCAAUUCCCAAGAGUGAUGUGGUCCCAAACACACCAAGCAGCACUCAGAUCUCAGUGACAGGGAGAGAACAAGUAUCUACACUGGUGGAGAAUGCUAUUAGUGGGAAACUAAUAGGCAGUCUGAUUACGCAGCCCUCAGGCUGUGGAGAGCAGACCAUGGCUGCGAUGACUCUGCCCGUCAUUGCAACCAUAUAUUUGGACAAAACCAACCAAUGGGAAACUGUGGGCUUUAAGAGGCGUGUUGAAGCCCUUGAACACAUAAAAACUGGCUAUGUGAACAUGUUUAAAUACCGCAAAAGUGAUGGGUCCUUUGCUAUAUGGGAAGAUUAUGAGAGCAGUGCCUGGCUGACAGCUUAUGUUGCCAAGGUGUUUGCUAUUGCCCACGGAGUCACUGCAGCGACCACCUCAAUGAUCUGUGGUGCUGUAAAGUUUCUCAUUCUCAAGGCACAGCAACCUGAUGGAAUGUUCAGCGAAGUUGGACGACAAACCUACAUAGGAAUGACUGGUGAUGUGCGCGGCACAGAUUCUGAUGCCUCCAUGACGGCCUUCUGCCUGAUUGCCAUGCAGGAGUCACGCACAAUAUGUUCGACAUCUGUUAAUGUGAGUUCUUCACCUGAUUACAGUAGUCUGCCAAGCAGCAUAGACAAAGCAGUGGCCUACCUGGAGAGGCGUCUGCCCAGCCUCACUAACCCCUAUGCCGUUGCCAUGACAUCGUAUGCCCUGGCCAAUGAAGGCAAACUGAACAAGGACAUCCUCUACCGGUUUGCUUCCCCAGACAGAUCCCACUGGCCUGUACCUAAGGGACAUAUUUUCACACUGGAGGCCACAGCAUAUGUUCUUCUAGCUCUGGUCAAGACCCAGGAAUUUGAAGCUGCUAAACCCGUUGUGCGAUGGCUCAGCCAACAACAGAGCGCAUCCGGACAAUUUGGAUCCACUCAGGCUACCAUUAUAGCCUAUCAGGCUGUAGCAGAGUACUGGGCCAACGCGAAAGAGCCAGAUUAUAAGUUAAAUGUGGACGUCAUCAUACCUGGAAAGUCAAAGCCUGACAAGUUCCACUUCAACCGGGAAAACCACUAUGCCACAAGAACAUCUAGACUGAAGAACAUAAACCACAAUAUAACAGUGGUUGCCAAUGGAACAGGAGAAGCAACAGUGACAAUGGUGUCGCUGUAUUAUGCUAGGCCAAAAGAAAUGUCCAGCCACUGUCAGAAGUUUAACUUGUCUGUGGAGCUCCUCACAGAGAAAGUUAAAGGUGAUGAGACUGUAUACAGGCUGAAAAUAGAGGUUUUAUACAAAGACAAGGAGCGUGAUGCAACCAUGUCAAUCUUGGAUAUUGGCUUGCUAACUGGUUUCACAGUCAACACAAAAGACCUGGACUUACUGUCUAAAGGACAUGCUAAGAUGAUUGCGAAAUAUGAGAUGAACACAGUCCUGUCAGAAAGAGGUUCACUCGUCCUCUACCUGAAUAAAGUUUCUCACAAACGACCAGAAGAGAUCUCUUUUAGGCUCCAUCAGAAAAUGAAAGUGGCCGUUUUACAACCUGCAGCUGUGUCUGUCUAUGAAUACUACAACCAAUCGGACUGUGUGAAAUUCUAUCAUCCAGAGAGGCAAGAAGGACAACUACUGACGCUCUGUUUGCAUGGAGAAUGCGCCUGUGCAGAAGAGGACUGCACUAUGCAGAAGAAAGAGGGAAUCACCAAUGAUCUCCGCACAGCCAAGGUUUGUGAGAGUACCGAGACCAGCAAAGUGGAAUUUGUGUACAAAGUGAGACUGGACGAGUUUGUACCUGAAUUGUCCAUUGACGUUUACAAAAUGCAUGUAGUGGAGGUCAUCAAAGAGGGAAGUUUCGAUGUUGGCUCUCAUGGUAAAAAGCGCAUGUUCCUCAGUUUUCAGCAUUGCAGGGAAUCUCUAGGUCUCAAACAGGGAAAAACCUACCUGGUUAUGGGCUCAUCAAAAGAUAUUCGCAGAGAUGACAAAAAGCAAACUUAUUACUACAUGUUUGGAGAAGGAACUUGGGUCGAGUACUGGCCUACAACAGAAGAGUGUCAGACGGAUCCCAGUUUCCGAACUGUCUGUUUGGGCAUGGAGGACAUGGUUGAUCAAUAUGAAACUUUUGCAUGUCAGCUGUAAUGAAACUGUACUGAAAGUUAAGUACUAAUUUCCAAGUGUUUUUAUUUUGCAUUAUAUUAAAUGUGUAUAGCACUAACUGCUGUCACAUAUAAGACAUGCAGGAGUGACAAAGGUACCUUGUGAUGAUUAAAAUGUUAAGGUCUUAA